AUGUCUUUAAUAGUGCCCGAAAAUAUUAAGGUUAAUUCGGCUACUGCUUCCCCUAGAGAAACCUCAGCAAGUAAAAGGUAAAGCUUUCAACAGAAAAAGAGUUUCUUUGGGCAAUCAAUCGUAAAAGACUUCCUACUUGAUGACAUUGAAAGUACAAAGCUAACUGAGUAUGAUUUAGAGAAGCUUGUACCUCUGAUUAAAACCAUUGAGUUCUUUGGGUAGAGGGAUAUAAAGGACUAGGAUUACCCAGAUAUCGUGCAGUGUUUGACUUACGAGUCAAUGAAAGCAGGAAGUAACGUUUUCGAAUUCGGUUCAAUGGGCGAUAAAUUCUAUAUCAUAUUGCAAGGAGCAGUAAGUGUAUGGGUACCAAAUUAAGACAUCAAGGAGUUCAAAAAGAAAUACGAUGAGCAUCUUAGGCAUCUAUAGGUGAUGCAAAUGUCGUAAUAGUAGAAUAUUGCAGCGACACCUGGAAGGUAGAAUAGUGGUUCUGGAACUAAGCAUUUUUUUAUGCCUAAACUCAAGAACAAGACUAAAUCUUAUAACCCACAACUAAAUGGCAGCAAGAAUAGCAACCUGAUGAUUACUCAAAGUAUCAAGUUGUAAACAGAGAGCAUUGAUAAUAGAAAUGAAUCGAUAUUUGAGUUGCCUCAGGAGUUGGAGCUUGAUGAGGAACAGCAAGAUGAGGAGAUUGAUGAAAGAGAUAGUCUGCUCCCUUCCUUUGAUGAAAGGGCUCUUGAUGAGAAUUCUAGACCUGUAUCGCAGAAUAAAUUCAACAUCACAAAGUGGCAGAUUCUAGAGAGUCAAAAUUACUUCCGCAGGUCUACUAAGGGAGAAGAACCGCCAUUAUUCAUAGAAUCAAUAAGAAUGAAGUCAGGUAAAUCUUUUGGAGAGUUAGCUCUAAUCAAGAACAAGCCCAGAGCUGCCACUAUCAAAUGCCUAGAGGACUGUCACUUCGCAGUGAUGUCACAGUCAGAUUUCAUGAAGGUGCUGAACAAGAUAGAGUAGAAAAACAUCAGCAGAAUUGUGGAGUUUCUGCAUCAACUGCCCUUUUUCAAGGUCUGGACUCGUACUUCUCUUGGAAAGCUUCAGUACUCUUUUGAGCAGAAGCACUUUCUAAGAAACUAAGUAUUGAUCAGAGAAGGGUAAGAUGCAAAUACUGCUUACAUCAUUCUGAAUGGGGAGUUUGAAGUUACUAAGAAAUUCAGGAAGGAAGAAGUCAAGGAGGUUGAUAUAACCAAGCUGCUUAAAUUAAACCAAAAGCAUGAGAAAAAACUAGUAGAUGAUAAAUUUGGAGAAUUGGCUUCAAGAUAGAGAAACGUAGAGACCUUCAAGAUUGCGCUGCUAGGUCCAGGGCAAAUGUUUGGGGAAGACGAUUUAGUUCAUGAAAGGCCAUACUCCUCAACCAUCAUCUGUAGAUCAAAUUAUGGAUAGGUCUUUGCCAUAAAGCAAAAUGAGUUCUUUAGAAGGCUGAGAGCUAAUGAAGAGUGCUGGAAGAUCAUUCUGCAGCAAGUCAAGAUUAAGGACCAGCAGACAAAGUCUAGAAUGAAAAAGAUUGAGAAGGUGUUUCAUGAAGAAAUACCCAAUUUAACUGAAAAUCAGCAGGUUCCAAGAAUAGGCUAUGACAAGGCUGAACAAGCAAGACUGUAAAAGUAUCCAUCGAUAAUGACAAAAUACAAUAUCAAGCCUACCAGGUCAAAGCUCUAUGACUUUAGAGAGACCAUCAGAGAGAUAGUCAAUAAAGAACAGAUCUAGUUUGAAGAAACAUAGAUCCAAUAAGAGCUCUAUGAAACAGACUAGGAAAACUACAACUCUGCUAAGGAGAAUUUUAAAUCGCCUGAAAGAAGAUCCAAUUCAAGGAAGGACUAGAAUAGCAAUACUACCAGUCAGAAGAAUCUGAAAUAAAAUAGCAAUAGCAGAAACUUGUCGCUAAGUCCUUCGCAGAUAUACAACGACAUACAAAAUUCUGACUAGAAUUCAAGGUAACAGAAUAGAAGUUUGAAUUAUACAGCACAAGCAAAUAAGAUUUCCUCUGCUAACUAUAGGUAGUAGAUCCUACUGUCAGCUAAUGCAAGUGCAAAGAGAGACCUGGAAUAACUAUCUUAGACUAAUCUAAGAUAGUCUAUAGGCUUAGUCUCAGAUUUCAAUUCUUAACGAUCUGCAGGUGGAGUUACCUUAUCUCAUGCUUCAAAUGUCCACAAUAAUCAUGAUCACAGUAAUCAGUAAACCCUAGUGAAUUUGAACUUGAAUAAUAGCAUACAGAGUGCAAAAAAGCAUCAUUAACACUCCAAGUCUAUCCUAAAAUCUAAUAAAGACUAUAUAAUGAUUCACAGUGGUAGAACUAAUUUUGAGAAAUCACCAUCUUAGAGAUAAGAAACUAUGCCUUAAAAAGUAGCCUUUGAGAAGUAAGAUGCCUAAGUGUAUCAAAAUGAUUCACUACAUCAAGCUAAUAUCAAAUAGAAACAUCAUCAUAAUAACAGUUAAGACCUUCAAGCUUAAUAGCAACAGCAAUACUCACUGUUUACUAAGUUCAAUAAGCAACAUGCUCAGUCUAGGUAGAAAUCCAGUAACUUUUCAAGUAUAGUCAGGUCUAAUGAAAUGAGUCUUGAACGACAAUAGCAGAGACAUCAGUAGUAGCAGCAGUACCAAGGAAGUUUCAACAAUUUAAAUAUGAUGAAUACUUUUAGUAACAGUAAUAAUAACAGUCUGAACUUCAACUUAGCUGGGAAUAAGACUAUAAUCUCUGCAAAUAACUCAAUGAUGUUCUAGACUACUUAUGAGAAAUCAAAUUAAUACAUGUCAGUAGCUCAUACCUUGAAGCCAUCAACAGGUCAAGGAACAAGACGUAGAAAUUUGAAGUCUCUUAUUACUGCUAAAAGACAAAUCAUUAGCAAUCUGAACACCUAUAAUACUAUAGACAACAAGGACAACAUCAAUAGUACUCUCAUUGUGAACAGAGUAACUUCUUUGGGAAGUGGUGGACUUGCAAGUGGGGGUGCAUUUUAAACUACUUUCUCCACUGAUAAAAACAGAGUGACUUCUGCUAAUGUAAUCUCCUCAAAUGAUCAAGGCAGGAACUCUAUUAAGAAUUUAAAUGAAAAUAUCUAUAAGCAAGUUGCCAUAAAAAAUAGUAAAGCUCAGUAGAAUAAUCUAAACAAUUCCUUUGACACAAGGGACUUAGGCAAGAAAUCAUAUUUGAUUCAGCACUAGCAGCUAUAACCUAAGAACUUGAACAGCAGUAUGAACCUUCAUGUAGAGGAUUAACACAGUUCUAUAAUCACUGCUAACUUGGGAUAGGCCGUUGAUGUGGACAGUCAAUUCUAGCAAUAGAAAAACAGCUUGCUGCUCAGAAGAAUCAAGAAGAAGAGUCAGUCUGGGGGUAUCAGCAACUUCACCAAUCAGCAAAUACAAAACAUGAGAGCUGCUGCUAACAACAUAAAUGUUAUUAGCGGUGCCAGUGAAAGCCAGGAUCCAAGUAAUCAUAGCUUAAAAUGA